GCCCCCCGCCGAGCGUCCCCGCGCGCCCGCAGGCAUGGUGAGCCUGUGGUCGCUCGCCGUGGUGGCCUUCGAGCGCUUCCUGGUGAUCUGCAAGCCGCUGGGCAACUUCACGUUCCGCGGGGGCCACGCGGCGCUCGGCUGCGCGCUCCCCUGGCUCUUCGGCCUCGCGGCCUCCACGCCGCCGCUGCUGGGCUGGAGCAGGUACAUCCCCGAGGGGCUGCAGUGCUCGUGCGGCCCCGACUGGUACACGACGGGCAACAAGUGGCACAACGAGUCCUACGUGCUCUUCCUCUUCUGCUUCUGCUUCGGCGUGCCGCUGGCCGUCAUCGUCUUCUCCUACGGGCGCCUGCUGCUCACGCUGCGCGCGGUGGCCAAGCAGCAGGAGCAGUCGGCCACGACGCAGAAGGCGGAGCGCGAGGUCACCAAGAUGGUGGUGGUCAUGGUGCUGGGCUUCCUGCUCUGCUGGCUGCCCUACGCGGCCUUCGCGCUCUGGGUGGUGACGCACCGCGGGCAGCCCUUCGACGUGGCGCUCGCCUCCGUGCCCUCCGUCUUCUCCAAGGCCUCCACCGUCUACAACCCCAUCAUCUACGUCUUCAUGAACAAGCAGGUGGGCGCGCGCGCCCGCGGCCGACCCACGGCGCCCACGG